CGCCACAUGCAAAAAAAAUAAUGGGUAGAAGUUGAUACUGAUCCAUUACGUUAAAAAUAUGAAAAACCGACAACCAACGCCUACGCUGAAGAAAAAUUGAUAGCCUUGUGAAAGGUGCAAAAUGCUGUUCCCGAACAUACUCAGGAAUGGUCGGCUACUGGGUGCCUCGGCUGUACAACACAUCCGCAGCAUUUCAUCAACGCCCGUGCUGCAUUGUCGCAGAGAGCUGAAAGUUGUGAAGCUGAUGACGUUUCACUAUCGAAGUCCUCUGGAUUGGUUGAGAAACAAAUAUCAAACUCACACAGUGCGCGCUAAAUUGGAUCCAGAUUUCGAUCUGAAUGAGUUUCUUCAUGGAUCGGUGCAAGCCUGCAGCACAGUGACGUCGGUACUUGCCGGCCAGGAUGCCAAUCUACUGAAUGGAAUGUUAACCCCCAAAGCACUAGCUAUGGUACAAAAUAGCAUGCAAAAAUACAGCACUGCAGAAAUCACAGAACUGGCUUGUGCACCAGAGCACGUUCAUUUCGCAAGGCCCAAGAACAUUGCUGUGAUCAUGCUGAAGGAUAAAAGAUACCUAGAUAUUGAUGUGUUUUUCCUAAUCCUUAAAGCAUACAUAGAUGACUCUGACAAAGAAGCUAAUGCAAAAAUCACUCGAAUAAUGACCGAGGUGGUCAUGAGGUUUAGCAGACAGUACACUGAGACUGUGACAGACUGGUUUAUAACAAAGGCAAAAGUAGUUAAGCAUACUAUUGGUUAAAGCAGUAUGAUUAGUUUAUAACGAGUUCCGUAUCAAAUACGGUCCAGCUUUAUCUGACAAAUAUAAUCGACUAUAUAGCCCGGGUUUAUAUUUGGCAUGUAUAAGUAAUACAAUGGUGAUGUGCAUAACUAUGCUGCUAUUGUCAGCUCAAAAGCUCAGAGGACUGGAUGCCUAAAAGAAAUGCAAGUUGAAAGCAAUAUUAUAUUAGCUUUUUUUUAAUAUAGGCAAGUGAUGAAUAAACUUGUUAAUACCUAUUCAUAUACGAUUCC